GUGGAUCCCUGAUCUGAAUUGGUCGGUUUGACACCUCUUUUAGUCGGCUCUGUCCUGUUCGACCGCUGUUCCCCGGGAAAAAGUUUGAAGGGGAUUUCGUGUCUCCACCGCGGUGCGGCGAGAUCCAUCCGCUUCGUUUCUUCGUCCUCAAGGGACAGGAUGGAUCCGGAAAGGAGGCUCAGAGCGCUCAUUUUCCUCGAGGUCUUGAUCGCGAUAGUGCUCCCGCCGUUAGGUGUCUUCCUGCGUCAUGGAUGCCGGGUGGAAUUCUGGAUCUGUUUGCUGCUAACAAUAUUGGGUUACCUUCCUGGGAUCAUUUACGCUGUUUACGCCAUCGUCGUCAUCAAUCAUGAUAGAUACCGUUAUGACUAUUAUCAGCCUAUAGUGGCUUAGUCCCAUUUGAUUAUUACGUGUAUAUUUUGCUUUUAUGUAUCAUUGAACAUUUGUUGGAGAUGUUGACAGUGCAAGUACAUUUCUCUUUCUGUUUUGGAACUCAUUAUGUCUUGUUCUUAUUGUGGUUUUUGUUGA